CCUGGGGAAGCAGCUGGGCAGGGAUGGGAUAACGAAAGAGGGGCCUGGUUCGUCACAUUCUGCCCCGUCGGACCGGCUCCAGAGACAACAGCCCUUCCGAGGUUUACUAAGCCUGUCUAGUCCUCCAACAGUCAUUCAGGGCCUCGAUCUUUGCUUAAGGGAGGAAGAAGCAGGCACAGAGAGUUAGAGACUUGUCUCUUCCAAGGAGCGGGUCGGCCUCUCUCCCGCCCCCUCUCUCUGCGGGCUUCUUCAUUGGCCUUCUCGGAAGGCGGAGCCCUCCGGGCUCUAUAGCCGGGCACUAUUUAGGUGCUGCCGCUUGGGCCUCUGCCUGCUGGACCAGGAGCGAUCGGACCUGGGCAGCUCUUAGCAGCCAUGGGGGUGGAGCUCUACCUGGACCUGAUCUCCCAGCCCUGCCGUGCCAUCUACCUUUUCGCCAAGGCUAAUAGCAUCCCCUUCGAAGUGCACAGUGUGGAGCUGCUAAAGGGGGAGCACGUGACCGACGAUUUCGCCAAAGUGAACAGUCUGAAGAAAGUGCCAGCCCUGAAGGAUGGAGAUUUCACCUUGGCAGAAGGCACAGCCAUCCUGCGCUACCUGGGUCAGAAAUACAAGACUCCAGCUCAUUGGGAUCCUCCAGAGCUGCAGGCCCGGGCAAGGGUGGAAGAAUACCUCUCUUGGCAUGCUGAUGUUAUUCGAGGCACGUUUGGUGUAAUGCUAUGGAUUCAGGUGCUGUGCCCUUUCAUUGAUGCCCAUGUCCCCAAGGAGAAAGUGGACAGGAACAUAGGCUUCAUGGUCCAAGCUCUACAACAUCUGGAGCAGAAGUUCCUGAAGGACCAGCCCUUCCUCACUGGGGACCAGAUCUCCUUGGCCGAUCUGAUGGCACUGGAGGAGCUGAUGCAGACCUACUAUGGUGGUUUUGAUGUCUUCGAGGGGCGGCCCAAGCUGGCAGCUUGGCGGGCGAGGGUGGAGGCCGUCUUGGGGGAAAAGCUGUGUCAAGAGACGCGGGAAGCCAUCCGUAAACUGUGUGCAGAGCCCAGACCUGUCAUGGACAUCCCCUCAGCCAUUCGAGAGAGGAUGAAGUUACGUCUUUCAAAGAUCCCCUGAUCCAAGGUGAGAUGGAGGACUGUGGCAUGGGGGAACUAGGGCUAAAAGAAGAGGAGGCAAUCUGAAUAUGGGGAGAAGUCGAAGAGGCCAGUUUCUGGCUCCUUGCCUCUGUUCCCUGGAAAUGUCAUCAGUGUUUCCAGUGCUUCCAAGUGCUUCAUGGUUCAGGGCCCAAGGCUGGGUUCCUCUCCUCUCACAUCCUACUCUCCUGCUCAUUGAGGACCAGCCAACUCCUCUGCACCCCCCACCCUCCAGGUUCCCAUUCUGUAGUAUAAAGGAACCCUUCAAGGACAGAGUCUACCUCCCCUACUUCCUUAGACAGCUUCAAACCCUCCCAGAAGCUGAUGGGCCCAGCCCCUCCCUGGUCACUGAGGCUACAGUCCUGAUAAUGAGAAUCUGCUUCUGUUCUGGAAUAUCUCCCUCAGUCAGAAUUCUCCUAAUGAAGGAAUCCCAGUUAUGGGGCUGCACAGUGCAGACAGCCAUAUCCAUGGAAUCACCUCCUACAAACAUUUAUGACCAGUGACCACACACCAGCACAAAGAUGGGGACCUCAAAUAAAUCCCUCACUUAGAGACACUGAGGAGUUCCUAUCCGCACACAGGGAGGGAUCAGUGAACCAACCAACAAUGUCUGAAGAAGAAGAUCUAAGCAGCCUGGAACCCUCUGCCUGGGUCUGGGAAUACCGAGGUUUUACACAAACAGAUGAAAAGAAAUCCAACACUAACAAAAACCCACAUAUUUUAUUACAAAAUUAUUUUCUGCAAAAAAGAAGAAAAAUGUUUUAAAAAAGACAACCAAACCAGAAAUCCAACACUAAAACAGAAUAGGGCGCGAUUUGUCUUGAUGGCAAUUCAAGGAGAAAAGUGAAGGAAGCAGUUCAAAGUCAUUGGCAGAGCAUUGGCAGCCCCCAAAUCCAUGGCACCUUAGGCUUCACUGGAUCCAGAGAGAGGCAGCCUGGGGGAGUGGGGAAAGGGCUGGUGGCUCUGGAGGCAGAAAGAUCUCAGAGCCCACCUGGUCCGAUGUGCACUCAAACUGAAACCCUCUCUCCACCAUCUCAAAGGGAUGCUCAUCCUCUCUCAAACUCUGGAUGGCUGAUGAUGGGGAACUCAUUCCUUCUGGACACAGCCCAUCCAAAGUUUCAGACAGCUUUAAGGGCCAGACAAGUUUUCCUUAGGUGGAUCCUCAAUCUGUCUCUUUGUAUAUUGCUCAUAUUCCUUCCCUGUGGGGCCAGGGAGAACACGUUUAAUUGCUCUUCCAUGUAUUAUUUAAGAAUAAUUCAACAUUAACACCCACUAUGAACUGGAGGAACUGGACGCACCCCACUCUUAUUCCAUUCUAAUCCAGGCAAGGGCUGUGUUCUGGUAUUUUCCCAGACAUUUCCAAACAAUGCUGGCUGUAUUCUGGUCACCCUUCCUCAUGCCAGACCCAGGACCCUGCCCCUGGGACACUAGACUGACAGAUGAACUCUCUCCAUUGCCUUUCUCCACUUCCCAGCUAUUUCCAAACUAGACGGCCCCCUCCUCAUGGCCCACCUCCCCUUUAUGCUGUCUCUGCCAACCAAGAUGUAAGCUCUUGGAUGGCUGUGGUGUUCCUGCUUGCUUAUUUUUGUAUUCCAAGCAUUUAGCAUAGUACCCGAUGUAUAAUAAGAACAGAAUAAAUACUUUUCAUUCA